GAUGCGCUAGGUCCUGUUUCUCCCAGACUCCAGCGCUGCCUUCACAGCACCUCCGAGCCGCCGCGUGGGAAGAGUAUUUGAAAGAAAAUGCCAGUUAUUCGGACACUAAGCCAGGCCGUGGGCCGGAUGCUGCCGAAACCAGCUUGUGGCUGCCGGACAUCGGCGGUGCCCGUCAGGUUCCUGGGCUCUUCCCCUCGGCAAAUCCCAGCUGACGCCAACUUCCACUCUAUCACUUUCUCGGAGACAGACCAUCCGCGAGUCUUAAUCACAGGGGGUCUUGGCCAACUUGGAGUGGGGCUUGCGAACCUUUUGAGGAAGCGAUUUGGAAAGGACAAUGUGAUCUUGUCUGAUAUAAGGAAGCCCCCCAACCACAUCUUCCACAGUGGUCCGUUCAUUUAUUCCGAUAUCCUGGACUACAAGAACCUGCGCGAGAUAGUGGUGAACAACCGUAUCACCUGGUUGUUUCACUAUAGCGCUUUGCUCAGUGCCGUUGGAGAAGCGAACGUGUCUCUGGCGAGAGCAGUAAACAUAACUGGACUGCACAACGUGCUGGAUAUUGCAACCGAGCACGGCCUGCGCUUGUUUGUGCCUAGUACCAUUGGCGCCUUCGGACCGACUUCUCCCCGGGACCCGACCCCUGAUCUCUGUAUCCAGAGACCCAGGACCAUCUAUGGUGUGUCCAAGGUUCACGCGGAGCUCAUGGGAGAGUACUAUUAUUAUCGAUAUGGGUUAGAUUUCCGAUGCCUGAGAUAUCCCGGAAUCAUUUCAGCAGACUCCCAACCUGGAGGAGGAACAACUGAUUACGCGGUCCAGAUUUUCCACAGCGCUGCUAAGAAUGGCAGGUUUGAGUGCAACCUGAAACCUAGCACAAAGCUCCCAAUGAUGUACAUUGACGACUGUCUCAGGGCCACCCUGGAGGUCAUGGAGGCCCCAGCAAAGUCUCUCUCCAUGAGGACUUACAACAUAAACGCCAUGAGCUUCACCCCGAAGGAGCUGGCCCAGGAGGUUCUGAAGCACGUGCCGGAGUUCCAGAUCACAUACAACGUGGAUUCUGUCCGGCAGGCCAUAGCGGAUAGUUGGCCCAUGAACUUUGAUGACAGCAAUGCUCGGAAGGACUGGGGAUGGAAACACGAUUUUGAUCUUCCGGAGUUGGUGACGACGAUGUUGAACUUACAUGGCUCUGGCGCUCGAGUUGCCCAGGCUAACUGACAGUGUUUCGAGGAAGAAGGCCCGUGUCCUGGACAGCUGUCCAGGGCAAAUUUUAAAGCCAAUUAUGUUGUAGAUGCCAAGGAACUAAAGUUAAAUGAUUGGACUAAACUUGGGCGGUUCAUAUUGAACUGCUAAGUAGAGAACGAGGCUGUUGGUAACCACUUAAAAAAAAAAAAAAGCUUUAAAGUUUGGUGGCAAGACUUUGAAAUCUUUUAAAAAAUUUCCCCAAAGCACUAAUAACCAAAUUCCAUUUCUUUCAUUAAGAUUUAAGUUACCAUUUGGGAGAAGGUGAAAGUAUGUGAUGUUCGUGUUUAAUUAAAUGUAAUUCAAUGAGACUCUUAAGACUUUAUUGUUCUCUUGACUAGAGGCCAAAGAUGAUAUGUUAAGGACUCUCCGAGACAAUCUCCUAAUUUAAAAAUGUUCUUUACUGUUCAAUCGGAGCAUGAAAGAUUGCUUGCUGUAUUGCGUUCCAUGCUCAUCACGUUCAAACGAUUUUAGCACCUCUUGCUU